CCAUCUCUCUCUCUCUUCCCGUUCAUUCAUAUCAUUUAGGUUUUGCUACUCUAAUAGUGGGCUUCCACUAAAAAUGCUUAACGUAAUACAUCUUACUUACAUGGGCUCUCUAACAUGAGCUUCCACUGCUGUUGUAUGUACCCUACAUCUUACUUACAUGGGCUCUCUAACAUGAGGAUUGUUGGACCAAUUUUGUCAACAAUAUAUAUUCCUUUGUAUAUGAUUUGUUUGUUUUAUAAUUACAAAUAUUUGAAAGACAUACUGUUACAAAAAAAAUUAAAGAAGGUAAUUUUCAUUUUAAGUGCCGAAUUCCCAACGCCAUAAGAGCACCAAAACAUUUGUUUCCUCCAGACUCCCACCCAUCCCCUCUCUUUCAACAUAACUUCGCAAAGCAAUCGUAACUGAGAGCCACCCCCAAAACUUUUAUAGGGUUUCGCAGUGAACAUAUCGGUGACCAUGUACAGAACCACAGCCUCUCGUCUCAGGGCUCUCAAGGGUCGUGUUGGAACUUUGGGUGCUAUACGGUACGCGUCUUCAAGUGCGGUUGCUUCAAGCUCAUCCUCAUCUGGAUUCUUUAGCUGGUUGAGUGGAGGUAGCUCUCUUCCUCCUUUAAGCAUUCCACUUGAUGGGGUUUCCCUUCCGCCUCCAUUAGCAGACCACGUUGAACCAAGCAAACUUAAGAUCACAACUCUACCAAAUGGUGUUAAAGUAGCUUCAGAGACUUCACUGAAUCCUGCAGCCUCAAUUGGUUUGUAUAUUGAUUGUGGUUCUAUCUAUGAGACGUCAAUUUCAUGCGGAGCCACACAUUUGCUGGAAAGGAUGGCAUUCAAGAGUACAAGAAGUAGGAGUCAUUUGCGGAUUGUUAGGGAAGUGGAGGCAAUUGGAGGUAACACAUCAGCCUCAGCCUCUAGAGAGCAGAUGGGUUACACUAUUGAUGCUCUGAAAACCUAUACCCCUGAAAUGGUAGAACUGCUUAUUGAUUGUGUGAGAAAUCCAGUGUUCUUGGAUUGGGAAGUUAGUGAAGAGUUGAAAAAGGUAAAAGGAGAGUUGGCAGAAGUUUCAAACUAUCCUCAGGGCUUACUGUUGGAGGCGAUUCACUCUGCUGGUUAUGCUGGUGCUUUGGCAAACCCUCUUUUUGCACCUGAAGCAGCGCUUCAUAGAUUAGAUGGCAGCAUACUGGAGGAUUUUGUUUCUGAGAAUUAUACUGCUCCACGGAUGGUCCUUGCAGCAUCUGGAGUUGAUCAUGAGGAACUCCUGAAAGUAGCGGAGCCACUUCUUUCUGACCUUCCUCAAAUAUCUCGUCCAGAAGAACCGAAGUCUGUUUAUGUUGGAGGAGACUAUCGUCGACAAGCCGAUUCACAGAGUACACAUAUCGCUCUUGCUUUGGAAGUGCCUGGAGGCUGGCAUAACGAAAAAGGAGCUAUUACUUUGACCCUCCUUCAGUUGCUUAUGGGAGGAGGUGGUUCAUUUUCUGCAGGCGGGCCUGGGAAAGGAAUGCAUUCACGGCUCUAUCUUAAUGUCUUGAAUGAGCAUCAAGAAAUUCAAUCAUUUUCUGCAUUCAACAGUAUCUUCAAUAAGACUGGAUUGUUUGGCAUCUAUGCGUGCACUAGCUCUGAUUUUGUGCCAAAAGCUGUUGAUUUGGCUGUACGGGAACUGAUAGCAGUGGCAUCACAUGGGCAAGUUAGCAAGGUACAACUUAACCGUGCCAAAGAGUCGACAAAAUCUGCUGUUCUCAUGAAUCUUGAAUCCAGAAUGAUUGUGGCAGAAGAUAUGGGAAGACAGAUUUUGACAUAUGGAGAGAGGAAGCCGGUAGAACAAUUCUUGAAGGCUGUAGAUGAAAUCACUUUGGAGGACAUAACAAGUCUUGCCAGCAAGAUCAUUUCUUCGCCUCUAACAAUGGCAUCUUAUGGAGAUGUCUUAAAUGUGCCGAGCUAUGAAUCUGUUAGCAGCAAGUUUCAUGCAAAAUGAGAUCCUGUAGACAUUUGUAGUUUGCUAAUCGCAACUUUUUUAAAGAGCAGGAGGCUGUUUCCAUACCAUUUUUAGGUGUUGGAAGCUGUGAAAUAAAAAAGUUGAAGAAGGUUGGGUGGAUAAAAUGGAAAAGUGAUCCAUGCAUGACUUAAUUUGUAACUUGCAAAAUGAAUGCAUGAAAUUUUGAAUAGUUUCAUUUAUUGUUGACUCCCAAGCUACUAAAGACUUCGGGACAGCUUUCCUUUGCAACGUGAAAAAUAAAUUCAGUUUUUGAGGGGAUAAA